AUGGAGUACCUCCCACAAGCAGUCCAGACGGCCCUCAAGGGUGACAUUGACCCCUACACCCAGAGCUUUGCGGAGUGGGCUGCCAACAUUUACCUGGGCGUCCUCGUCGCCAUUGCGUUUGCCAUCUCAUUCUUCACCUCGAACGUCCUCCUCGGCCUGGAGGUGUUCCUCGCGGGCUUUGUGGUGCUCAUCCUGGCCGUCGUUCCCCCAUGGCCAUUCCUGAACAGCCACGCCAUCAAGUUCCUCCCCGUGCGCUCGGCGCCCGCAGCAAAGAGCUAA